CUCGACGAAAGCCACCACCGCUGUCACAUUUGUACUUGUGUGAACGAGUGGCUGUGUGUGAGAGUUGAAGGGGUUGGAUGAUAUUGACAUGAAAACAACCUCACAUGAGUGGCUGAGUUACUGAUUACAGGUGAUGUUCACUUGUAAUUUGUUAAAGAUAAGACUCCCGUUUUCAGCACAAAGUCCUACGCAAAGGGACAGUCAGCCUUCCACCGCCAUCCCUCAGAGGACCACUGCUGGUUGUCAGGUCUUGUGCUAUUCCAUUUUCUACUGUCCUGGGUUUCUCUGAAGCACGGCAGCAUCAUGAGCGUAGAAUCCAAGAAAACACGUGAGGCAUGCUGCUCCAAGCUUAAGCUCUUCCUGGCCUCCCUGGCAUUUGUAUAUUUUGCCAAAGCCUUUGCUGGAGCUUACAUGAAGAGCUCCAUCACACAGAUUGAAAGACGGUUUGAUAUCCCAAGCUCCCUGAUUGGUGUUAUAGAUGGCAGCUUUGAAAUGGGCAACCUGCUCAUCAUCGCCUUUGUGAGCUACUUUGGUGCCAAGCUCCAUCGUCCCAGACUGAUUGGAAUUGGUUGUCUGAUCAUGGCUGUGGGAUCCUUCCUUGUAGCCCUGCCUCACUUCUUCCAGGGACUGUAUAAAUAUGAGACCAGUGUGUCUCACAAAGCUGCUGUCAACAGCACUGAGACCAUCCUGCCCUGUCUGUCCAACCACAGCAUGACUGAUGCAGAUGACACACUUGAUGCAGAGACCAAAUUAGAGUGUGAAAAGGCUGCUAGUUCACCCAUGUGGAUCUAUGUAUUCUUGGGAAACAUGCUGCGAGGAAUUGGAGAGACUCCCGUCAUGCCACUGGGAAUUUCCUAUCUGGAUGACUUCUCCAGAGAAGAGAACACCCCUUUUUAUUUGGCCUGCAUCCAUACAGUAGGAAUCUUGGGACCUAUGUUUGGCUUCAUGCUUGGGUCCUUCCUUUCCAAGAUUUAUGUGGACACUGGAUUUGUGAAUUUAGACACCAUCACCAUCACCUAUAAGGACUCCCGCUGGGUGGGAGCCUGGUGGCUGGGCUUCAUAGUGACUGGCACAGUGGUUCUACUGUCUAGUAUCCCUUUUUUUUUCCUUCCAAAGUCUUUACCCAAGCAAGGGCAAGAGCAAGAGGAAAUUCAAAGCAAAAGUACAGAGCUUGCAACAAAGACCGAGCAGGAACAAUUCCUGCCAGAGGAAACCCAGGAGAAAGUCAAAUUUCAGGAAAUGGCUAAAGAUUUCAUUCCAUCUCUGAAGCGACUCUUCAGAAACAGAAUCUACUCGCUGAUUAUCCUUGCCUCCCUCGUGAUUGUCAACGGCUUUAUUGGCCUGAUCACCUUCAAGCCAAAGUACAUAGAGCAAGUCUACGGCCAGUCAGCCACCAAAGCUACUUUCCUCAUAGGUAUAUUGAACCUGCCAGCGGUAGCUCUGGGUUUCAUCACUGGAGGUUUUUUGCUGAAGCGUUUCAAGUUGGGUAUUGUUGGAGCAGCCAGGGUGGCAAUUAGUGCUUCUUUGGGGUCGUUUUGCCUGCUUGCCGUUCAGAUUUUCGUCCAGUGUGAAAAUGCAGAGGUGGCCGGUCUCAGCAUGUCAUAUCAGAGAGUCCCUCAAGUGUCCUACAACCCACAGACUUUGCUGUCUCAGUGCAAUGGACAUUGCUUCUGCUCAGUGAAGCACUGGGACCCGGUCUGUGCAUACAACGGCAUGACUUAUGCCUCACCCUGCCUGGCCGGCUGCCAGACCUCCACCGGAAUGGGCAAAGAAAUGGUGUUUCAUAACUGCACCUGCAUUAAUGAGGCAGGACUAGCUGCAAACGCAUCUGCAGUGCUGGGCCAGUGUCCCAGGAAGGAUGAUUGUGACAUAAAAUUUAAAAUCUACAUGGCGUUGUCUGUAAUUGGGUCCUACAUUUCUGCCUGUGGAGGAACGCCAGGAUACAUUGUUCUGCUCAGGUCUAUACAACCAGACUUGAAGUCGCUGGCUUUGGGUAUGCAGACACUGAUCGUAAGAACUCUGGGUGGCAUCCCUCCACCUAUAUAUUUUGGAGCACUGAUUGACCGAACCUGUUUGAAGUGGGGUACAAAGCAUUGCGGUGGCCGUGGAGCAUGCAGACUCUAUAAUGCUAAUGCGUUUAGACUUACAUACCUAGGAAUGAUUACUGGACUCUACUUCUUGGCCAACACAGUGUGGGGCUACCUCUACUACAGCAUUGUCAAGCGACAGAAGAAAAUAGCACUGAAGAAUCAGUCCAAAGAAAAUGGACAGGAGAGUAAUGCAGUGACCAAUGGACAUGCCAAUAUCAACAUUGCAGACAUAGACGACAUGGGCACGGAGUGCACUAUUUAAUGUGUUUUAGGAAGACCACACUAUUGUUAAAUAUAAGUGAAUGCCUGAAUAUUGUGCUGCAUCCAUACUGGACCAAAUAUUGGUCAUUCUACAGCAUCAGUACUUUUCGGAAUUAAGCAGUAAACCUUGUUCUUUCGGGUAAAAUGUAACAAAGCUCUAAAAUGUAACAAAGCUUAAUAAAACUAAAAUGACACAUUUUAUACAGUACAUCAUAGGUGUCAAACUCUGGCCGGCGGGCCAAAUUUGGCCCGCAGCCUAAUUACAUUUGGCCCGCGAAGCCAAUACUAAAUUAUUAUUAGAGCUGGCCUACUGGUAUUAUACAGCUAAUAUAUAUAUUGUUUAGUAUUAAGCUUUGCUUGUUCCAUAUUCAGUUUUUCAGCAAAACUUGUUUGAGUCCAUAAGAAGAGAUUCAUUCUUAAAUCUGGAGUAAGAUUUUUUUUUCAGUAAAUAUUAACGUUAGCCCACGACCUUGUUCCAGUUUUGAAUUUUGGCCCACUGUGUAUUUGAGUUUGACACCCCUGCAGUACAAGAACAUGCAGUCAAGAAAACAGAGCAGGGACACAUGCUUUUCUUAAUAUCUGUCAGCAACACACCUGAGCAGAAACACACAGUUCAUGUAUGCUGAGACAAAGUAAGAAGAAAACGUGUCAGAUGUUCGAAACAAGCUUGUCUCUGAUCCUCUGUUUAAACUCAAGCAGCAUUAGGUCAGGUAAAGCUAACAAUGUCUUACCCUACAAGCUUAUUUUAAAAGUGAUUUUGUGGAGUACUAGUUUGAUAGACAUGUAUAUACUAUUAUGUACCACAUACUGCUUGUGGUAGCAUAACCUGGUAAUACUUUUUUAUUAGUUAAUUUCAUAAAUAUACAAUAUAAAGUUUUGGGAGAAUACACUUAUGUGCAGUUUUCUAAAAAUCAAUACCACUCCUUUGUCUAUGUGAAGUCACUUACCUUAGUAUAACACAAAGAGUAGAAACAUGGAAAAAGGUAACAAACACCUCUAGCAUCUCUAAAUCUCACAUCUGCUCAUGCCAUGUAGAAUAGAAACUCCAGAAGUCACGGAGAGUUAGCUGUGCUACAGUAUUUCCUAACUAGCACCAGUGACUUUGAUUUACAACUACGAAAAGACAAACAGCAUAUCGCUAACUGUGUCUUAGAGAUACUUGAUGUUACAGCUAGCCUUGCUGCAACAGUAAUUUUUAGGAAAUAUUCUAAGUCCGGUUCUUACUAAGUUAGAGAAUGGACUUAGCAUAUUUCCUAAAAUGUGAAAUUAGUAGAGUAACAUAUUAUUUUAUUAAGUCUAUAAGUUUAUUUGUACUAAGUUACAGUAGAUGUGACAGACAUUUACAUGUUGUCAAAUAAACAUACAGAAUAGGAUCUCAGUGUCCACUGAAAAUGUGAAUUCAUUGUUUGAAUGUCCCUCCUGAAAUAUGAAUAAUUGAGCUGCUUUAUAUACGUGCUAAUCAAACUGAUUGUGAAGGCUCAUUAGCCAUUCAGAGACUGUUCUGCACCAGCUCCAGACGAGCUUAUCAGCCAUGUUUCCAGUUUAAUACCUCACAAACUUUGACACACAUUUUUUAAUGCACAUGCAUUUUGAGCCAUGAAGGAGAGGAAGAUGAGGGGGCCAUUGAAAGUUAGUUGCAUUUAACAGCUUGAGGUAACCUUUAUUCUGAAAAGGUUGCCUUUCAGACACACAUGUUACAUCACAUUGUAACACACAAAUCCAAAGGUCAUGAGAGUUCACAGAAUCCUCGACUCAACAGUGUUUGCUUGGAAAAAGUUCGUAAUGGUUGAGGCAGUGGACUAAGAGUGAGUGGGAUAAACGAGAACUUGGAUUUUAUUUUGUUUUACUUUCCUACACCAUGGUUUUUGUCUGAAUGUAUUAUCAAUCACUAGACAAAAUUACUAGCAAUAAUGAUGAGUUCUAUAUAGUGUUGGAUAUAUUUGAGUUUGCCCGUACAUGUUGUUUGGAAAUCUUUUCAACCUUUUUACAAUUUCUUUUUUGUCCUUGAAAAAUAUCUCUUGCAUUAAAGACCAGUUUUGUCCAGA